UCAGCUCUACCCUGUUGCAAUGGACGGAUGGAGUGAGACAGAGGACGCCACCGAGGCAACUAAAAUGAUAUGUAAUCUGGUGAAGGGCCAAGUGGAGAAAAAGACAGGCAAGAACUACAGGGAAUUCAAAGCAGUUAAAUACAGGGUUAAGGAUGUGGAGGGAGGACAACUCUUCGUCAUCAAGGUUCAUGUUGGAGGAGCAGACUAUAUUCAUCUGAGUGUCUUCCAAAUACCUCUGCUUGUACACGGUGCGCCGGACCCAAAGGAAAUACUGCGUGGUGUCGAGCAGCACAAAACCAAAGACGACCCCCUCGUACCUUUCACCAACUGAUCACACAACCUGUUUCAACAGUUAAACACUUACAGGCUGCAGUCUCAUGUUAAAAUGCUCUGCUUCUUUAUUCUGAAAUAAUUUUACACAGAUAUUUGAUGUUGGGAAGAAGCAAGUUAAAUGCACUGCCUUCUAAAGAUAUAAAGAUUAAAGCAUAAAAAAACCUUGAUACAUUUCUUGUGGUUCUUAUGUGCAGCAUUUGCUUUUCUUUCCUGGAGUCUGAUUUCUAACCAGCAGUAGUGGAUGUAUCUUGAAAUAGUCCACAUCAAUCAAACUGCAAGGAGUGUAGCUUUCUAACGAUAGGAUGUGUGAGUUUUUUUGGUUAAGAAGUAUAGGCUACCUCUUUACGGCAUGUAGAAAACACAAGUUCCUCUAAAGACUCACAGAUGAUUUCAAUCACAGGCAACAUAACAAAGCACAGGGAUGACUGGGUUAGGGAUGGAAUAUGAGUAUGUUGAAGAAGAGGUCAGAGUGGUCUGGAUGGUCUGCAGCCAGGACUUAGCAGCAGCAUGUUAGCAUGCUAGCAUUUGCUAAGUAGCAUAGCACAUAAGUACAGCUGAGGCUGAUGGAAAUAUUAUGAGUUUUAGGUAUUCAUAAAGCAAAGUACUGGACAUAUUUGUACCUGAAAGUUGGCAAAAAUGUUCAAUCAAUAAUUUUAAAUAAUCAAAAUAGUUCAAAUAAUUGAAAGAAAAAUCAGCAGGCCCUCAUAAGCUGGAGCACUAAAAUAUUUUGCAUAAAAAUAAUUUCAACAUUUAUGUAAAAAAUAGUUGCCGACUAACUUUUGAAUCUUUCGAAUAAUUGUCUCAGCUGCACGUGUAUAUUUUCAUAUGAAUCAUUAAAAUACUCAAGUGAGGUAAAAUUACUUCAAAUUCUUACUUUAGUGCAGUACUUGAGUAAAUGUACUUAGUUACAUUCUAUCACUGGUCAGCAGAGGGACGCACAGUAACUGAAAUUACACUAAUGAACUAAGUACAGUCAUAUUUAUCAGCCCACAAAAAUAAUAAUUCAAAUACUCUAAAACAUAAUAAAAUAAAAUUGAUUAGAUGAUAUUCAUGCAUUUUAUUACUUUCCUCUUAAAACUUAUUUUUCCUCGCAUUGGCAAAACAAUCAUGAUUCUGGAGAACUAUGUCUCGAUUUAUCUGUAUGGAUUUACAGGCCGACCUCUGAACACUAGAGGGAGUAUGAGCGCUGUCUGUUAUUACAGUAAGGACUGCUGAGACAUGAAUACAGUUUUGCUUCAGGCCCAUUCUUCAGGUGGGAUUUUUUGAUUCUGUCAUCUGUAUCAAGUGUUUUUGUUGCGUCAGGAUAUUUCAGAUGUUAGAUUAAUUUUCGUGCUGAGCUGAAUAUUAGUACAGAGAAAUAUCUGAAUGGUUUUUUAACAAAAAAUGAAAUCAGUUUAGAGAAAUAUGAGUUAUCAAAAACUGUGUGUUGCUUUUCUUUCUGUUGAAUCUGAUCCAUGAAACAGCUGCAGGUGUUUGAUUUCAGCUGGCAGGCAGUGUGAGAAAAGGGUUGGACAGAUAUUUUUCCACAGAAGGAGGACGAACAGUCCUAAUAAUUACUGUUAGAUUCUGUGCCAGCUAAACAGCAGCUGUUGACAUUGCUCCAUGUUCUUGAUUGCGACAUGAUCAUAAGAUAACACCGUCCUGUCUGAAGCUGUUUCCGUCUGCUUUAUAUUAUAGGUGUGGAAAAGCAGACGAUCCACCCUGACAUCAUAUACACAGAUUUGUACAUUGUUCGCAUAACGUGUUCUUUUGUGGCAGCUCAACAGUGAGUUUAUGAUAAUUUUCUGAUAUAAUGUCUGUAUAAUAUUAUAAUCCAGAAUCUCUCCAGAUGUCAGAGAACAGGUGCUGCUG